AUGGGCGACGCUGUCGGCGAUAAGCUGAAGGUGCUCGAAAUAGAUUCCUGUCCGCGAAUAACCGAGUUUGGACUUGCCCACGUCGUCAAAUUUCCGUACGUUUUUAACACGGCCUUGUGUUAUGUGACGAAGAAUCUGCUUCUUUAGAAUUUGAAACAACAACAUUUCUUUUUCAUUUUUGUUUUGACAGAAAGAGCUACCGUGGUAAACCUUUUCGACUUGUGCUGUUAUCGAAAAAAUACAUUUUUCAGGGCUCUCAAAGAACUGAAACUACAGAACCUGAAAAGCGUCCAUGGAAAAGAGAAAGUCCACGAGAAACUGAAGCGCGCGCUUCCAAACACUAACAUCAACUUCAACGUUUGA